AUGGACAAACUCUUGCGCUCAAAACAAAUUCAUUACGAUGAGAAAACCUUCCCUUAUACAUACGAGCAACUUCGCCAAGAUGGAAUGCCUUCCAGUGCAUUUCACGCCGCUAUGUUCGUCCCAGACGACUUUGUUGACUUCCCCGGGAUACCAGAAUUCGGGGAAGGACAGGUCGACUUCACCAAAAGCGACGCGCCCGCAAUGAGGGUUCAAGCAUGUUUCAUUCCAGGCGGGCUCGUACUGAGCAUGUACAUUCACCACAGCGUCUUGGAUUGCUCCGGAGUCAGCACCUUUUGGACCGUCUUCAGCGCAAAUGUUUCUAAAGUCUCAGGAAGACGUGAGCUCGAGGCAGAUGAGAUCUUCGAACAUCAGUCAUUUAUGCGAGAACAACUCGAGGCUCGCAUCCCCGUUCCCAGUCGAUCACUCAAGGAUCCGACUGCCGAUUGCUACUGCGAUGGACGGUAUGAGUAUGAGCAGACUUUACCCUCAGAUACAGCAUGUGCCCAAAGACUCCUCGUCAUACCCGCUGCACGCAUCCGCGACUACCGCGAUCAAUUGCGGCAAUAUUUCCCGAAAAGCAACCCGCCGACCAUGUGCAACGUGUUGGCUGCGCUGGUCUGGACCCACGUAACGCGCGCAAGAGGAGAGCGCCUACUAAAAAAUAACUGCAAAGAGACAAAUAUCGGCAUCGCAACCGACCUGCGUCGGCGGCAACAACCACCCGAGACCGCACAGUACAUGGGCAACAUGGCCCUCUUCUCAAAGGGGACGCUGAAGAUUGAAGAUCUUCUGGCUGAGGAACGUGUCACCAACAAGACGAUCCUCCACGUCAUCGAGAAAAUCAAGAGCACCAUCGGCAAGGUCAACAACGACUGGAUCGCAACACAAAUGGCUUUCUUCAAGUCCAUCGAGCGCAUCAGGGACACCGAGUGUGCACUAGCGCUGCGAUUCGGUGCCGACAUCUACAUCACGUCGUGGUUGAAUUUCGCCGCAGACCUGCGCUGGGGUAUACCUGGCACAGACCUGGACACGGAGUCGCUUGACGGAAGGCCUGAGUUCAUCAGGCGCUUAUACAAUCCGAGCGAUGGUGGCAUGAUCUUCCUUCCUCGGAGGAGAAAGCCUGUGAACGGUGUUGAGGCACCGUUCGAGAUCCUGGUUCGACUUGCUGAAGAAGACAUGGAUCGGGUUCUGAAUGAAGCAGGUGGAUUAAAGAGUUGGACGGAUGCUGUGAUUGAUUGA